AUGUCCGACACCAAGAUCCACGAAUACGAGGUUUCGAUACUGGAAGAACAUGAGCUCACCUCCGGUCCUCUGUCUAUCCUCCAAACUGCAACGCGUUCUCAUGCACAAGUCUUGAUCUCAUGUCGCAAUAACCGCAAGUUACUAGCCAGAGUCAAGGCGUUUGACAGACACUGCAACAUGGUCUUGGAGAAUGUGAAGGAAAUGUGGACAGAGAAACCAAAAGGUGGAAAGGGCAAAGGCGUCAACAAGGAUCGCUUUGUCAGCAAAAUGUUCCUACGAGGAGACUCUGUUAUCCUAGUUCUGUUGAGUUGA